GGUCGGUGUGAGGAGACAGACGGGCGACUGCUCCCAUUCACAUCAUUACCAUCCUCCUCCUUCAGCUACUGAGUCACCAUCACUCCCCUGUAGUCUAACUGGGCUCCUCACAUGCAGUAUUUACUAUACACAGGCAGACACCCAGAGCAGCAUCCCAGGUCCAACACACCUGCACACACACAGCAUCACAUCACACUAGUGCAGAGAAUAGGCAAAAGUGCUCCAUCUAGGUAACACACACACACACACAACUGGCAGCAGCAGCCUCACACUCACAUCCAGACAAGGGCAUCCUGAUACACAGUAAAGCCACAAGCUCCUAAUGGAAUAUAUGUCUCUGUUCUUGGAUUGUGCCUGCUGCUGCUGCUGAUUCCCUCAUGCAUACACUAAUAUACAGUUAAGUUUGUAGUGCAGCAUAUCCCCACCCUACAGGAGGAGCAGACACCCAGCCAGACAGACUGCAGCCUCAUUCUGCACAUUACCUGCCUGCCCAGCAGCUGGACCCAGUCACAGAAUGAAGCAAGCCCUGCUGGAGGUAAUGAGGAUGAAUAGGAUCUGCAGGAUGGUGCUGGUCACAUGUUUGGGGUCCUUCGUCCUGGUCAUCUUCUACUUCCAAAGUAUGUUGCACCCAGUUAUGCACAGAAAUCCAUUUGGAAUGGGCAUUUGCUGCCGGAAGGGUUCCAGGAGCCCGCUGCAAGAGCUAUACAAUCCAACACAGUUGGAACUGUCCAGCAAUGCUGUCCUGCACCAGAUGAGGCGAGACCAGGUGACGGACAUAUGCCGAGCAAACAGUGUGAUGAGCAGGAAACGCCGCGUGUUGACACCAAAUGAUCUGAAGCAUUUAGUGGUGGAUGAAGAUCACGAAAUGAUCUAUUGCUAUGUGCCAAAAGUAGCUUGUACAAACUGGAAGAGGGUCAUGAUGGUCCUCACUGGAAGGGGUAAAUACAACGAUCCCAUGGAAAUACCAGCCAAUGUGGCCCAUGUUUCAUCCAACUUGAAAACCCUUAACCAGUACAGCAUACCAGAAAUCAACCACAGACUGAAAAAUUACAUGAAGUUCCUCUUUGUCCGUGAACCUUUUGAAAGAUUGGUUUCAGCCUACCGAAAUAAAUUCACCCAGAAAUACAACACCUCCUUCCACAAACGCUACGGCACAAAAAUAGUCCGACGACAGAGGAAAAAUGCCACCCAGGAGGCAAUGCAUAACGGCAACGAUGUCAAGUUUGAAGAGUUUGUGGCUUAUCUUAUUGACCCCCACACCCAAAAAGAAGAGCCUUUCAAUGAGCACUGGCAGACUGUGUUUUCUCUUUGUCACCCAUGUCACAUCCACUAUGAUCUUAUUGGCAAAUAUGAAACACUAGAAGAAGAUUCGAAUUAUGUGUUGCACCUGGCAGGAGUUGGUGACUACCUGAAAUUCCCCACUUUUGCUAAGUCCACGAGAACUACUGAUGAAAUGACAGCAGAGUUCUUCCAGAACAUCAGCUCGGAGCAUCAAACGCAACUGUAUGAAGUCUACAAACUUGAUUAUCUAAUGUUCAAUUACUCCACGCCAUCCUACUUGAAAUUAGAAUGAGAACCAUGGCUAUUUCCAUGUAAGGCUUUUUUUUAGUUAUUAUGUGGAUACUUUUUUUGUAAAUUAAUGGGGAACAGGGGUAACUUGGUUUGGGCUGCAAGCAGCACAAACAAAAAGAAAAUAUUUAAAUUUCUUCAUAAGGAAGGACAGAUUUCUUUAUAGGAUAUGAGAAAUUAAAUCUAGUUUGGAGAAACACAAACUGCUACGACACUACUCUUAAUUUCCAUGGCGCCUUUUCUCUCUGUAUAAAUGGUCUAUAAAUUAUUUAUAGUUAUUUAAGCAAUGUCUCUAAGUAUGAUAAAAAUCUAUGUGGCUAUAUACAUACAUGUAUUUAUAUGUGUAUGUGUAUACAUAUCUGUGUGUGUGCGUGUAUAUACAUCUUUAUGUAUAUAAUAUGUACAUAUUUUUAAAGAAAAGCCAAAUAUUAGGAUAUUUUCAUUGAAUCAUGGCCAUGUCUUGUCAGCGAACAAAUGAUUUAUCAGGGUAAAUGGAAUUAUUUAAAGGGUAACUUUUUUUUGUUGGCUAAAUUCAGCUUGGAAUCAGCGUGUGCUUUUAUACUGGAUAUAAAGAUACCGAUUAUAUUUUACUCUACAAGAAAAAGAUAUGACACAGGUAGAGACGUGCUAAGAAAUGUAAAAAGAAUGUUGAACAAAUGAUGUUCAUUAUUUCUAAAGGACUAAAAUUUCAAUGUCGAAAUCACAUUGAUCAUUUCACAUUUCCAUCAUGAUUUUAUUGAUUUUACUUUUGGGUGGACGGUUAAUGCAACAUGCUAGGCAAUACAGUUAAUACAGCAAUAACUGCUGUGUGAAUAUCAGCUGUAGAGGACUGGAAGCAACACAUGGAAACCUUUUAAGGACAUUGCUAAAAUCUGGACUUGAACAUUCACUGAUACAAACAAAGAGCGUCAUUGCAAUGAAGGGCGGAAAGUAAUGUUUUCUAUUAACUGUGCACCACCAUUUUGGAAUGUAUAUGCAAAUUGGCAGUUUUCUAGAAACCUUUGCAGUCCAUUUGCUCAAGACUCAGUGUGUACAAUCCCGGCAAAGACAAAAACAAAGGAAUUGUCGCUACUAAAGACACAAAAUAUGUCUCAACAAUGUUCAAUUCCAGUUCCAAAAAAGCCUUAUUUAUGCAAGACUAUUCAUCAUAUUCCAUUGUACGCCAUCUCUGCAACCGAUCUUCGGAAAAAAAUGCUACAUUGUGUGGACUUACAUGCUGUAAAUGUUUUAUACCAUUCCCAAGCGCCGCAGUAAAAAAUGGCCCCUGAGUGUGGCUAAGGCCUAAUUCAUUUCAAAUACAGCUUAAUAUUAAGCUUAGUAUUUCUAGGUAGUGUAUGUUAGUCAUGCCAUGCUUAGUAACAUUUGUUUUCCUGCUGGUCAGUCAACAAAUGUCUUGGAUGUUGCAUUUUAUGGCUUUGCUUCUUUUUUGAAUCCUGUUCACAAUUGUACAUCUUCAGCAUUACUGUAAUAAGAUUAGGCAAUGAUCAACAAAAUGUACAAUCCCCUUGGGAGCAUUAUGGGUCGUCGGAUGUUCAUUUUGUACAUACAUUAUCCCACGCUUCUGUUUCAUUCAGGUCCCUGCAUUGCAUUGCCGCGCAAUGACUCACAUGCAAACCAAGCUACAAGGGGUUAAAGAAGACUGCAACCUACUGGAAUGGCCAAAACAUAAUUUAUUGAAAAUGUAUUAAACUGUACAAAUCAAAUGAAAAUAAAUCCAUUACUUAUGCAGUG